CUUGCCCAAUUUCCCAACUGUUGACGAACAGAACAAAAAAAAAUGAAAAGGAUAGAGGGACGAAGAAAAGUUUACGAGGAGAAUAAAAAAUAGAUUAUACGGAGAACUGGAUAUGGGACAAAUAUGAGUAGGUGAAAGUGCGACACUCCCCCAGCCAUUUUAGAGAAGAAUUGAAGGAGGUGAGUCGCUCAGGUACGCAGCUUGGGGAGUUGGGUCUGCGUGAAAGCUUUUUUUUUUCUUCAGAACCUGCGUCGUUUCCGAUUUCUGACUCUGAGAGUCGUUUCGGAAUUGUGACCAGAUGAGUCGGAAUCUCUCCCUCAGGCAUGUACGACGAAGAUCGACUGAGUCGACGAUCUUACGAUCUUACUCGACGAUCCAUCGGUCUUCCUGCUUUUUCCGAUCUUCUGUACGAUCCAGCUCGUGCUUGCUACCUUGACGCGUAAAAUCGUACGAGUCAGCGAUUUAGAUCGCGAUCUUAAUAACCUUGCAUGAGGGGCACUAUGAGUACUUGGUAAUGCCUUUUGGGCUCACUAAUGCCCCCUCAACUUUUCAGGCUCUCAUGAACCAGGUUUUAAGACCAUUUUAAAGAAAAUUUGCCUUGGCAUUUUUUGAUGACAUACUGAUAUACAGCAAGUCUGAAGAACAGCACCAAGAUCAUUUAAGGAGAGUUUUGAGGGCUUUACAAGAAAAUCAGUUAGUUGUUAAUCUAAAAAAAAUGCUCUUUUGGACAAUCCCAGUUGGUGUAUUUGGGACAUAUCAUUUCUGGAAAUGGAGUUGCAGCCGACCCUGCUAAAAUUGAAACCAUGGUGAGCUGGCCAGAACCUAGGGACUUGAAGGGAUUGAGGGGCUUUCUAGGGUUAACAGGGUACUACAGGAGAUUUGUGAAAGGGUACAUCCGGAUUGCAUUGCCUCUUACACAGCUUCUGUAAAAUGUUCAUCCUUGAAACAGAUGCAUCUGGGACAAGCCUGGGGGCAGUCUUAAUGCAAGAAGGGAAGCCUAUUGCCUACAUGAGCAAGGAAUUGUCUAAGAGGAACCACAACAGAUCAGUUUAUGAAAGAGAACUCAUGGUUAUUGUAUUGGCAGUACAGAAAUGGAGACCAUACUUACUUGGCAGGGUUUUUGAAAUCCAUACUGACCAAAGAAGUUUAAAGUUUUUGACUGAGCAAUGAUUGAUGUGAGAGGAACAACAGAAGUGGACUUCUAAAUUGCUAGGUUACAACUUCAUCAUCCUGGAGUGGAGAAUAGGGCUGCAGAUGCCCUAUCCAGAAAACUUGCGAAGAAUGGGAAGGUCCGGAAGAAGAACUGAAUUCAGAUCUUACAUGUCAAGACAUGAUACAGAAGGUAAUAUCCCACCCAGAUGAAUGCCCUGAUUUUCAGAUUAUUAAAGGGUUAUUGUAUUACAAAAAAACUGGUUCUACCUAGAGACUCUCCUAGGGUACUCAAGAUUAUGAAUGACUAUCAUGACUCAGCAGUUGGGGGUCGUUUAGGAUAUUUCUGGACUAUGAAAAGAAUAUCCAGUUUGUUCUAUUGGCAGGGUAUGAGGGGGCUGACAUCAAGAAGUUUGUAGACGGUUGUGCCACUUGCCAUACUAACAAAUAUCAAGCUCUAAAACCAGCCAGGUUUAUACAGCCCUUACCUAUUCCUAGCAAUAUAUGGAUAGACAUCAAUAUGGAUUUCAUAGGGGGUCUGCCAAAAUCUCAUGGGAAGGACACUAUUAUGGUCAUUGACAGAUUGACCAAAUUUUGCCCAUUUCUUGUCCCUUUCUCACCCCUAUCAUGCCAAAUUGCCAAGUAGCUGAACUAUUUACAAAGGAGGCUGUUAAAUUACAUGGGUUUGCCAAGACCAUUGUAAGUGAUAGGGACAAUAUCUUCAUGAGUUCUUUUUCGUCAGAAAUUUUCAGAUUGGCAGGGACUCAGCUAAAGUACAGUACGGCUUACCAUCCUCAAACUGAUGGACAAACUGAGGUGGUUAACAGAUGCCUAAAAACUUAUCUAAGGUGUCUCACAGGAAGAAAACCUAAACAGUGGAGUCAAUGGUUGCAUUGGGCUGAGUUUUGGUACAACACUAACUAUCACUCAUCUCUGAAACAGACCCCUUACAGAGCUCUAUUUGGGCAAGAUCCCCCUGCAGUCAUAAGAGGAGAUGCCACCCUAAUUGCUGUGGAAGAAGUCUCCAGGUUAACAGCUUAGAGAAAUACUAUGUUGGAUGAAUUGAAGAAGAAUUUGGAGAUUGCUCAGAACCAGAUGCAACAACAAGUUAACAAACAUAGAAGAGAGGUGGAGUUGGACAUUGGAGAUCAGGUUUAUCUGAAAACCAGAAGUUGAGUCCUAGGUUCUAUGGCCCUUUUGACAUUAUUGAGAAGAUCAACACUGUAGCUUUUAAGUUGAAGCUUCCAGAAGAAAGUAAAGUACACCCUGUAUUUCAUGUCUCCCUACUCAAGAAGGUGCUAUCACCCAACACAUCCUAUCAGCCUCUACCUAAGUGUUUGAAUCAGGGGCGGAGCUAGGGCACUCAGCCGCACUCGGCUGGUACAAAGAAUACUUUUGAAAUUUUUUUUACACAGAAUUUUUUACACUAAAAAUACAAGCAUUUUUAAAAUUUGGGCUGGGCCAGGGCCAGGGCUGGCCCUCCCCUAGCUCCGCCCAUGGUUUGAAUGAAGAACUAGAAUUCCAGGUGACACCUGAGAAGGUGGUGGAUUCCAGAGUGAACAAAGAGGGCAAAAAUGAAGUGCUAAUACAUUGGAAGGGUCUGCCAAGCUUUGAGGAUUCUUGAAAAGUGGUGCAAGUGAUGAAAGAGCAAUUCCCAGAACUUCACCUUGAGGACAAGGUGAAUUUCGAGGGGGGAAGUGUUGAUAAGCAUCCAGCUAAGCAGCCUACUCAAUUUUUUGAGAAGGUUUAUCACAGAAGGGCCCGAAGGGUACUUAGUUAAAUAGCUAGCUAAUUUAGGGCUAUUGCUUUAUCCUUGCGUGGAUAUACUACUAUAAAUAAAAAUAAUAAUUGCUGGGGUAGUUUUGUCCCGUCCUACCUCCCUGAUUGCACUAUAAUAUCCCCUGUGAUCUGUUCAGUUGGAGAAUAAAAUCAUUACAAUUUGUUCUCCUCUUUUGUUAUUGAAUUCUCUUUGCUGUGAGUAUUGGAUUAUCAGUGUUCUAUCAUGCAAUCAUAUUGUGAAGGGGAAAUCAUAUUUCUCCUUCCAUCUCAUUUCGUAAAUACACCUUUCUUUUGUGUUGUCCAAAAAAUUUGUACACUUUGCUAACUUGAGCACUAUUAACUUUUACUUUUUCGAAUUAUUUCUGUUUUUUGCUGACAUAAUUACUUUUUAUUACUUUUAUAAGGUUACAAUGGUAAAACAACUACUAUACUCUUUAUUUUCUUAAAAUCUCUGCCAAACCCAAGAGUAUCUUACAUUACACCUUUACAACAUAGAUAGAGUAACUUUUUUAAGAAUUUACCCAUCCUAGUGUAUCAUGUGCCAUUUUUCCAUCAUUUGCAAUGGAGCCAAAGAUUCACUAUUUUUUUGGCUUGGAGAUGUGAUGGAAUAAAGUAAAUGGCUCACCAAACUCACCAAACUGCCUGCACUUCUUUAUUAUGAAGCAACAAUCAGUCCAUGCAAUUUUGGAUGCGAUUUUCAUUAUGGGUCAUCCAUAAACAAUCUCUCUGUGCUUUAGUACAUGGGUAAGAUUGCGUAUAUCCAACUCCCCUUACCCCACUGUAGGUGGGAGUCUUUGUGGCACUUGUGUAAUCAUGAUGAUGAUGAGUGUAUCAUGUGUCACUGUUUAUUUUUCUUAGUUUUUUCUUGAGACUUAAAUGUAGUGUUCAGGACAAAGUUUUAAUGGAGGCAUAUCUAAUAUAUUGGUUAUAGUAAAUAUUUAAUCUACGUUGCUCUAAAAGGUAUACGUUUUGAUGGACUUUGAUUUUAUUUGUAAUUUUUUGUUGGUAAGAUAAUCAUAUUCUUGUAGGAGGUUUUUGUGCGAUUUUAAUGGCAAAACUCUGUUUUUAAUUAUUAUAUUAAUGACUGAAAAUCAUUUAAUCAUAUUUUUCCACUGUCUAGUGGGUGAUCAAAUGUUUGAUGAAUGAGUUUGGUCAUUAUAUGAAAAUAAUACUCCGUAAAAUUGAUAUUUCUAUUCAGCGACUCCUUAAAUUGCUUUUUCCCAGGCUAUUCUUUUGGGUGCAUUCAAAUUGAAGGUUAGUGUAAAGAUGAUACAUCAUGGGACCUUCUUUAGUCUGAAUUCUGGACAAGCUUUUGCCAUAUUCAAAUCCAGGGAAGAUGCAAAUUCAGUAAUUUCUAGCUUAAAGACAAGGUGUCUGAUGCUUGGUGAUGGAAGGCCAUUAAUUGCUCGAAUGGGAUCUCUUAAGGAGCCACGCAAACCAAGUGGGUUUGUUGGCCACCUUACAAUCGACCGAGUGAGACCUCAAAAGCAACGAAUAGAGAUGAGAGAAGCAGUAUCAACAUCCCACUAUUCCCAGAACAAUACAAUUGAAUAUGAGAUGGCCUUGGAAUGGUUUGUAUUACAAAAACGAUCAGACAGAAGGUGGAAAGCAUUAUAUGAGAGUCAAGCAAAGGAACUUGCAGAGCUUAAGAGCAAAUUCAAGACCCCACAGUGAACAGUAAUUUUCAAUGUUUAGAAGUUAAUAGAGUUCCCGAGUUUAAACUGCAAAUGAAGCAAUUUUUGUUUACUCUACUGAUACUAUAUGGAAUUGCUAGUCAAGAUGUCCCUGUUUUGGAGACCGGGCUGCACCAGUUACAGAAUGGCAUAUUGGUAUAUGGCCUAUUUUAACCAGGAUAACUAAAUGCAGGUCUUUGUUUCAUAUUGUGUUCCAACAAGCUAUUAAACUUUUUGUGCCUUUUUUGUUCCAUAAUUAAUGCGGUGAAAUAUUUGUCAUUGCUCUUUGAAAAUAGGUCUGCUAAUUAGAUGUGGUGUCAAUCAUUAUUAUUGCCGUUUUACCAUAAUCUGUGAAAAGAAACAGCACAUGGUACGUACAUGUGUUUGGGAACUGAUUCUGUUUCUGCUUCUUUUUUAAAGGAGAAGCAGAAUCAGUUAGCUUCUAAAAAAACUGAUUCUAGGAGUAAAUUAGAGCACUGGAAUCGUUUCUGUACUUUCACUCAAACACUCCAACUUCUGCUUCUCUUCCCUGAAGGAGCAGAAGCAGUUUUAAGAAUCAGAUCCAAACACCCCCACAUUAAGCUUAAAACAGAGUGGGCUAAAUAUGUGUAAAAAACUGAUUCUGCUUCUGCUUCUUUUUUAAAGGAGAAGCAGAAUCAGUUAGCUUCUAAAAAAACUGAUUCUAGGAGUAAAUUAGAGCACCGGAAUCGUUUCUGCACUUUCACUCAAACACUCCAACUUCUGCUUCUCUUCCCUGAAGGAGCAGAAACAGUUUUAAGAAUUAGAUCCAAACACCCCCACAUUAAGCUUAAAA